AUGCACCUCACCACCUCGAGUGUAGCAGACGCAUGGCCCACGUCCACAUCUGCCUUGGCCAGUCAUGCCAUCAACGCCUCUCGCCGUCUGCAUCCUUUGCCGCAUCCAUCCCAUCUACGCAUAGCGCCACGCAUCUACUCGCUCCAUGUGCCCACCAGCUCCGCUCCAUGCUCUGCCACCAUUCCCGCCCCUUCACUCGCCUCUUUGACUGGCCCAGCCCUUUGCACGGGCCUCGCACCUCGGCUUGCCCAACGUCUCUACUCCACCGCCACCCCUAAUCCCAAGCCCGCCGCUUCACCCGCUCCGCCCCAAUAUGGUUUGGCAGCAGUUCGUGCAGCUCCCUUCAAGCAUGCUCUGGCCUUGGUGGUCCUGCAUGUGGGCAUCAGCCAAGUGCUCCUCCUUCCCGCUUACUGGGCCGUGCACUCGGCAGGUCUGGGCAAUAGCAUGCUAGCAGGUCCGCAAGCUGCCUGGAUCCUCUCCCGUCCUCUGCCAGCGUGGAUGGCCAAUGCUGUGGGGCUAGGCUCUGCGCCAAGCAAGAGCCCAGCUUUGACGGAGGAGGGACAAGAGAUUCAAUCCAAGCAGGAGAUCAUGCGUCGCAGGUUGGAGAGGCGCGGACGUCGAGCUACCGUCGAGGACCUGCUCGAGCUCGAGGUGGGCAAGCUGGCUAGCGGCGCUUGGGGAGCUGGAGGUGGCCUCAUUCGCCUCAUCAGCGACUUUCGAGCUUCGGCACAGGGGCCAAGCGGAACAGGCACGGAUCAGGAGUCUCAGCGGGCCAUGGAUGAGCUCAAGGGCAGAGGAGGAGGCGGCGAUGGCGCAGGCGAUGGCGCAGGUGCAAAAUCGUGGGGCACGGCGCUGGGCGGGAGUAUAUCUACUCAAGCUAGAGGCAUCGCUGGCAACAUUCGCAUCACGCAGGUCCGUGAUGCUUUUGCUGCUUGGGUCGUGGGUGAGUGUGCAGUGUAUCGGUCGCGCUGUUGGGCUCGAGCUCAUGUCUACAAUGAUCUCUUGGUGCCUUCUCGACAACGCGCGUGUUCAGUCAAGGUGAGUUGCGAGCGCGCCAAAAGUUAGUCGUGAGUGCCAUCCUCGCAUUGUGUGCUGACGAGCAAUGGGGUCGAACGGGUCCGAUCCAGAUGCUACUCCCGGUGAGGCUACCUUUGUCACUCUUCUUGACGCCGCGAUUCGUCAGAGGUCUGGGUAG